AUGUUGGACGCAAUUCACACAGUAACUACGGGGAAUGACCCGUCCUGUCGACUUGGCUCCUUUCAGCCCUACAGAGUUGUCAUCGUUGGUGGCUCUUACGCCGGUUUGUCCGCUGCAUUGACUUUAAUAGCACUCAAAGAGGGUCGUGAAAUGCCAUUUGCGUCGCACGGAAACUAUGCCCACCUAAAACAUGCACCACAGGUGCGCAACUUAAAUAUCACUAUACUUGACCAGAGAGAUGGCUUCUUCCAUACAGUAGGCGCGCCACUCGCCCACAUCUCGCCUACACACGCAAACUCGAUGUGGAAACAAUAUACGGGAUUCAAGGAGUUCAUGAGGCCGGAUCUCAGAUUUCUUCAAGGUACUGCAACUUCUAUAAAUCCAACAACUCAAACAUUGACCUAUGACGAUGUCCAUGGAAUGUCACAAUAUCAGCCCUAUGAUUAUUUACUUGUGUCUACUGGCAUGCAACGAAAAUGGCCGGUUACGCCCAAGGCAAAUAGCCUGCUGUCAUAUUUAAAGGAUGCAUCCGAUUACGCAGACUCAAUCAAAGUGGCCGGAAAGCUAGGUGUGGUGAUUAUAGGAGGAGGUGCUGUGGGUGUUGAGUUUGCUGGGAAGAUCAAGUCCCAUUAUCCAAAUGUGAAAGUUAUCUUGAUUCACUCGCGAGACCAACUCCUUUCGAAUGAACCCCUUCCAGACGAGUUCAAAACACGAGCCCUAGAACUUCUACAGAACGAAGGGGUUCGAGUAAUUCUUGGACAACGUGUAACAGCCGAUGAGCUUCCCGAUGGGACAUCAUAUAUCAAAUUCCUAGAAGGUAACCAAAUACAUGCUGGCCUAGUCCUGAUGGCUGUUUCAAAAGUCAGCCCCGCCACUUCUUUCGUGCCAUCUGCAAGCCUUGCCAAAGAUAAGACUAUUCUUGUGGAUUAUCGGCUGAGAGUGAUGGCGGGGUCCUCUCCGUCUGAUACAAUAUUUGCCGCUGGUGAUGUUGUACAAUGGGAGGGGAUGAAAUUAGGAGGCAGCGCAAUGGUGAUGGGAAAUGUUGCUGGUGCUAACAUUUAUUCCUCUGUGUUGUCGAGGGAGAACAUAUGCCCACCCGCCAUGGAGGAGUGCCCUGUAACACAACCGAAGAUGGCUUUAUCUAUUGGUGAUAACGCCAUUUGCUUUGCUGGUGGCGACUCUGAGGUCCAGCAUGGAGCUGAUAUAGGUGAAGCGUAUUUUGGCUCUGACAUGGGCUGGCAAAGGGUAUUGGUUGGUCUUGGUCUUUGGAAACACAAAUAA